GCAACAUUGUAUGUCCAGAAAUUAAGAUUUCUGAGCCUAAAUUUUCCCUUCUCAAUGAUGAAAACGACGUUUUGGGGUUCAUUUGGUCAUUCACUUCUCCAUGACCGGCAUAAAAAGAAUCUCCGAAUGCAACCUUGCCUCCAUAGGAAGAAGUCUACCACGUUAAAGCAAAGGCUUCAGAGAAGAAGAAUGAAACAAAUAAAUGGGCGCAUGAAGCAGUUGAAAGCAGAGAUGGAAGAAAUUAGCAAAGAACAAGAAAGUAUAAGACAUGGCCAAAAGGAGGUCCGAGAAAAAUUCGAAGCUAUUGAGACUGAGUGCCAGCAACUGCGCAGAGACACUCAGAUCAUGGCUCAACAAAGCGCCAGCACCAAACUCCGCUUGGUUAUCAUGUUUCAGAUCCUCAGAGCUCGAGAAAAUAAUGACUUUGCCACCGCUACUGAUCUUACGAGGAUUCUACGUGAGAUGAUAGCGAGGAACAGUCAAACAUAAAGUCGGAUUCGAGGCUGGUUAUUGUGUUAGGAGUACUUUAUUUUAUGUUCCAGAUAUAAGACUAAACAAUAAUUCUUAGUUGUUUUAAUUAGCUCUAUAUUUUGUGGCGUUUGUGUUCUUCGACUACCAUUGGAUUUUAUCUCUGCUUGUUUUGGCGUUUGUAUUUUAGACAACAUCAUAGAUAAAAUAAAAGCGUAUCUGUAGCGGAUUUGAAUAGCCUUUUAAUUUAAAUCUUUUA